AAUGUAAAUACAGCAACAAAAGUAUCCUCGUGUGAACUCAGACUAAAGAAAUUCAGAAAUUUAUAAAAAUACUGAAUUCAACCAGAGAAUGUUUAGUAACAUUAAUAAAUAGAUAAUAACAUAAUAACAUUCUCUGCCGGCGGUCGAUAGAAUAAGAAAACAACUAUUCUACCAACUUCAUCUUAUCUGAAUUCGCCUUGUGUAAAAUGAGUUCGCAACGUGGUAAUUCAUCACGAACAAGAUCUCAAAAACACAAAAACAGAACAGCAUUUAAAAAUGAUUUACACGACAAAACGCUACUACAAAAGAAAUUGAAUUCCUUACAUGUAUCUGAGGUUUGUCAACAUUGCAAGGAUGUUAUUGAAUGGAAAAUUAAGUAUAAAAAAUAUAAGCCGCUGAGCCAGCCCAGAACUUGUACCCGAUGUCAGCAGAGAAAUAUAACAAAAGCAUAUCAUGUGCUUUGUCGAUCUUGUGCACUGGAAGCACGUGUAUGUGCCAAAUGCUUGAAAGAUGCUCAAGAGGUUGAAAUCGUAACACCUCAGCCCACGUCAGAGGAACAACUCAAACUGAAAGUAGAAAUGGAACGACUUAUAAAAUCUUUACCUGAACGUAAGCGCAGAGCUUUUAUGCGUUACAUGGAUAAAGGAAAGAAACUGACGGAUUUGGACCAGAGUUCCGCUGAGCAAGUAACGAAUGAUGUAAAAUCCAAUGAAGAGUCAUGUGUCGUAAAGCGGUUACCACACACUAGGAAGGAAUUGCUUGAAAAGAUUGAAAUGCUACAGCUGAGUGAUGCCGACGAAUAUUUUGACUCUGAAAGUGAAACUGGAAGCGCUUAAAGUGUGCAAAUAUUAUAUAGUGAAAGUGCAGCAUUAUACCCUAACUUGUUUUGUAUUGUUGUUUUAAAAAAUAAACAAAUACUUUAUUAUUCUUAUAUUCAGUAA